ACGAUCCCCAACUACCACCUUAAAAAAUGAUAAAAAGAUGAGAUUGUUAGAUGGCAUAGCAUCACAAAGGCUUUAAUAUCAGCUACACCUUUAAUUUUACUUCGAAAAUUUUUGCAUCAUCCCAGAUCUAUUCCACAAAGAAUUCCCCAGAAAAUUGAUCAUGACUACCGAAGUAGUAAAGGUGGAUGAAAUCCCUUUUCCUUCUCAGAUCACAAAGGCUAAGCCAUUAAAUCUUCUUGGUCAUGGAAUCACAGAUAUUGAGAUACACUUUUUGCAAAUUAAGUUCACAGCAAUCGGUGUUUACCUUGACCCUGAGGUUUUGAGUCACUUGCAACAAUGGAAGGGGAAAGCUGGAAGUUCUCUAGCUGAAGAUGAUGACUUUUUUGAGGCCCUUGUUUCUGCUCCUGUGGAGAAAUUAUUGAGAGUUGUAGUGAUCAAGGAGAUUAAAGGGUCACAAUAUGGAGUGCAACUGGAGAGUGCUGUGAGGGACAGAUUGGUAGAUGAUGACAAAUAUGAAGAUGAGGAAGAAGCAGCCUUGGAGAAAAUUGUUGAAUUCUUCCAAUCUAAAUAUUUCAAGAAAGAUACCGUCAUCACAUUCCAUUUCCCUGCGACUGCUCCCACAGCUGAGAUUGCUUUUGAAAGUGAAGGCAAAGAGUCAAAAAUCACAGUGGAGAAUGCAAACGUGGUUAAGAUGAUCAAGAAAUGGUACUUGGGUGGAUCAAGGGGAGUGUCUGCUACAACCAUAUCCUGCCUGGCUAAUAACCUCUCGGCUGAGCUAUCAAAAUGAAGAAGCUAAAUGGUUUCUGAUAAUAAACAGAGCUU